GAAAACUGCUGUGGACCAAUGACAUCGCGCUUUGUUGAGACGUUCAAAAUAACAUUUCUGACAGAUACGAAAGGACUGGGCCAUAAAUCGCCAUGGAGUCGUCUUCAGUGUACAUGUGCUUUCCCUGUUACCGGGAGUUUCCCACACUAGAGGAAGUGCUUGCACAUCAGAUGACCUGCACUGCAGAGACUCCACAGCUCCUGCCCAAUGAGACGCCUAUCGAGGCUGCAGCCGCCGCUGCUGGUCUGUCACAGGUGGCGAUGCAGGCUAUGUCCAAUCCCCAGAACCAGUCUCAGACAGCUGUUGAUUUGUCUACUCUGCUAGCACAGAAGAAAACUUUUCAGUCCGAUGCUCCUCGUGUUCUGUACCAGUGCGCCGACUGUGAGGUUCUCUUUGAUGCUCUGUCACUGUGGCAACAGCACCGCAAGACGGGCUGUUGCCUUGAGACAGGACCUGGUCCUGGAGGAGAACAGAGUGUAGAAAGUCUCGAAACAGUAGCCCAACCGCUACCUGACCAGCCACAAUACCAGGACGCUGAGCAGGCACACAAACAGAUGGGGGAGAGCACUAGUCAAGAAUUUGUGGAGGUUUCUGAAAGAGUUGCGACACAUGCGAUCUCUCAGCAGGGCGUAGCAGGCGACAGUGUCCCCAAUGAACCUCCAGCUGUGCCUGGGGAGACCCAGGCUCAAGAGAACAGCCCAGUCACAAGGCGAAGGGGGCAGAAGAAGGCCAAACCCCCCUCCAGCUUGCUCUGCGUGGAGUGUGGACAAAGCUUCAGUAUGGUUCCAGAGCUUGUGACUCACCGCAAGACUCAACAUGGCUUGAAAGACGCCAUACACCGGUGCACGGUGUGCGGAGAGGGCUUCCUCAACACCACCCUUUUCCUCUAUCACCGUAAGCAGCACCGUUCAGAGGUAGAGGACGAACCCAAGCAGGCACCACCUACCAUUCCACAGCUUUCCACAGCCAUGCUGGAGGCCCCAGGUGAGGGACUUUUGCUUUUAGCCACAGCGGGAGAAGGCCAGAGCCUAAUGGAGGUGACCACUCUGGAACAGACCAUAACUGAGACCCCUGUGGCACAUGUGGAGGUUGAGCUGGACAGUGAUGGGAUGCGAGGAACUGAGCAGGAACCUGCUGUGGAAGGCACAGAGAUUUUGGUGGAGGAAAGAGACGGAUCUAAGCAGGACGAAGGAAUGGAGGUGGUCAUUGAUAAGAUGGAGAUGGAAAUGAGCACUGUGGUUGAGGAGACCCAAGCAGAGGUGGAAAGUAAUGCCGCUGAUGAAUCUGUGACGGGACCCUCCUCUGCUUUCCUCUGCCAUCAGUGCGGAUCUGUUUUCACUAGCGAUCAGGAGUUGGCCACACACCGCAGAACCGAGCACAGCCUCGAGGCGGCGUUGCACACUUGCACUGAGUGUGGGGCUGAGUUCAUGAGCACCACGCAGUUCCUGUACCAUCGCCGGGAGCAUAAGAACACAGCUGCGGGACGUCAACCCGGUGCUGAAGUGAAAAGCAGACACUACCCUGCUGCAGCUCCAGCUAUUGCUGUGAAACCCAGAGAGAGCGUGAACCUCAGGCAAACAGCAGCAGCAGCAGCAGCAACUGGAGACGGUGCCAUUGAGGCACCCGCCAAGCUGAGCCGCGACUGGUCACGCACCGCCCUUCCCCACGAGUGCCCACACUGUGGCCAGGGCUUUACUCGGCGCAGCCGCCUGCGUGAGCAUGUGUUCCAGCACACAGGCGAGAAACUCUUCAACUGCAAAAUUUGCAAAAAGAACUUCCCAACUCCGGCCAACCUGCUGCGUCACAACCUGACCCACGGAGGAUCCCGCAUAUUCAACUGCCCCCUCUGUGACAAGCGCUUCUUCCAGCCGACGUCACUUAAACGGCACAUGCUGAUUCACCAGGGGAAACCCCCGGAACGCAGGGUCAGAGGCAGAGGGAAAGGCAGGGGACAAUCAAAUGAUGGGCGUCUACACAUCUGCCCAGAGUGCCCAGCCAGCUUCAAGUUUGAGACCCAGCUGAAGAGUCACAGACUCCUACACACCAGCCAUCCCUUCCCUUGCAAUGUGUGCGGGGAGGCAUUUAUACGACGCAAAGAGCUGGACCUCCACUCUCUCAUCCACCAAGAUAAAGAACCAAAGACGUGUCCAAACUGCGGCUCUCAGUUCCUGAAUCAGGCCGUGCUAGACACGCACCUGCAGCGCUGCACGGGGGAGGAGACGGGACGCCGCAGAUAUAAAGGUCAGGGAAGGGGCAAGGUGGGAGGUCAGCUGGAGUGUGAUAUGUGCGGCCAUCGCUGUGUGACUCAGGAUGGUCUCGACCUGCAUCGCCUCUCCCACACGGGUCAGACACCCCUGCGGUGCCCGCUCACCCCCUGCAGACGACGCUUCGCCUCCAGUGCUGCAUUAGGCGAGCAUCUCGUGGCUCACUGCUGUGGAGCAUUUGGCAAAAGAAACGCCCCUCGCCGCUUCACAUGUGAGUUCUGCGGGAAGGAGUUUGCCUAUGCGUCCACCUUCACCGUUCACAUGAGAACGCACACCAACGAAAGACCCUUUGAGUGCACUCAUUGCGGGAAGCGUUUCCGGCAGCUUCCGCACCUGCAGGAUCACGAGCGCAUUCACAGCGGCGAGCGGCCGUUCACGUGCUGGGUGUGCGGUAAAAGCUUCAGUGUAGCAGCCAGGCUGACGGAGCACGCCCGUGUGCACAGUGGAGAACGCCCGUACGUCUGCCCUCGCUGCCCCACCGCCUUCCGCUCACGACCCAACCUCGACAAACACAUGCGUCUGCACGCCAACGACCCCGUGGAUCCUUCUGCACAGCUGGAUGAUGAUGCAGCAGUACAGACCAUCCUCUUAGUACAGGAGUCUGCCUCCUCUUCACCAUCCUCCUCGUCCGCCAUGCCUGUGAUCCAGGAGGGCAUGUUGGUGGCAGAGGAAGGCAACUCUGUGGUCUUCCUGCACCCCAACCUUAGCAUGCCCACCAUCACUGUGCCCUCUAUAAAUGUUCCCAACAUCUCUGUAGUGGCAGGUCAGGAUGUGCCUCACACUAUUGAGGUUAUUUUAGAGGAGACUGUGUAAAGAUGAUGGGGGUGGUAUGAACAUAACAUGAUUUAGUUUUUUUUUUUUUUUUUUUUUUUUGUGGAAAGGCAGAUUCAGCAAUAGAUAAACCACAGGUCAGAUCGUAACAAAAGUCUAUUUGUAUGUGUGGAUUUGUGAGAGAUGCCUCUUUGACUAGGAAAUAUUUCGCUUUUGUGAUAUAGAUGUACAACGAUUCAGCAUCUUUACCCUGGAGAAAACAAAAUCACAAGGCCUUUUGUAAUUAAAUUUCCCUCUGUAAUUACGUUUUAAUUUUAUCUUUUCAUUUGCCUUUAAUACAAAAAUUGGACCAUAAUUUGUGGUGUUAAAUUUUAAUAAAAAGCUUGAGCUUGUUGA